CGCGUCUCCGCUCGGAUGGCACGUCUCCAUGUUUCACCUGCCGGACCGUUUCACUCAAACGGGCCUUCACAUUCGACACCCAAAUCGCAGGCUGUUGAAAUAAAAUUGUUGAAAUUGCCUGUAGCCGAUAAAAAGCAUAGACUUUACUCGACAUUUGCUGUGGAAAAUCCAUAGCCCCGUGGUUCGCUGUCUUUUCCUGGAGGUCCCAAAAUGCCUGACUCCAGCUGAAUCCCCCCGCCCCCCCCUCCUCAGAACCGGAGAGAAAAAACACGCUCUUUCUUUGAUCAUACUUGUCAGGCAUCAUAAAAAAAGACCAAACAGUGUGUGCACAGAUCGACACGACACGUUUGUUCUUCUAUUUUUUCGGGGGGAGCUCACGGGAUGCUCGUUUCCAUGGAGACGAGAUGCAGGACCCUUUCGGCUGCGGCUGCUGAUGAUGCAGGGGGGCAGUGUGUGUGUGUGUGUGUGUGUGUGUGUGUGUGUGUGUGUGUGUGUGUGUGUGUGUGUGCUGCUUGUAGCACCGGCGUUAAUGGGUUAAAAUAUAGAAGUGACCUGCAGGGAUGCUUUGAAUGGACUGUGAAACAACGUCUUUUGGUGCUCUACGAUAUCAGCCACCUCGGAUCACAUCCCACCGGCGCGUCGGGCUCCUGCGAUGCCCCUCAAACCCCUCCCCUCAUUUCAGGAUUCAGCGCCGUAUUGAUGCCGGACUGGAAACACACACGUAGUCUCCUCCUGCCAUGGCGCCUAGAUUCCAGGUGAAGUCUAACAUGAAGAGCCUGGAGCGUGAGCUGCACUGUCCUGUGUGUAAGGACAUCGUCAAACAGCCCGUGGUCCUGCCAUGCCAGCACAGCGUCUGCCUCAUGUGUGCCUCGGAGGUCUUAGUCGCGAGCGGCUACCCGCUUCCAGAGCUUCCCCCGGAGCCCAACUCCCCAGCCUCCACACCCAACACCCGCUCGCCCCGCCAGGCCCGCAGGCCUACGCCUAAAGCUGAGCAGCGACCUAUCGACCGCGUUCUGCGGGCAGGUCCCCAUCCGCCUUCACCAUCCAUGCCUCGAUCUCCGGGCUACGGGACGUAUCCAGGGCGACGUCGUAAGGAGGGCCCACCCCUGGUGAUGAUGUUUCCCUGUGUCCCCUGCGGCAGAGAUGUGGAGCUGGGAGAGAAAGGCCUUACUGACUGCCUGCGCAACCUCACUUUGGAGCGCAUAGUAGAGAGGUACAGACACACAGUGAGUCUGGGCAGUGUGGCGGUGAUGUGCCAGUUCUGUAAGCCUCCUCAGGCUCUGGAGGCCACCAAAGGCUGCGCCGACUGCAGGGCCAACUUCUGUAAUGAGUGCUUUAAGCUGUAUCACCCUUGGGGGACGCCACGAGCACAGCACGAACACAUCCAACCCACACUCAACUUCAGACCGAAGGUUCUGACCUGUCCGGAGCAUGACCAGGAGAAACUACAGUUCUAUUGUAGAUCCUGUCAGCGGCUGCUCUGUCCUCUCUGCAAACUGCGCCGGGUCCACACCGGACACAAGAUCCUGCCAGUGGCCCAUGCAUACCAGGCCCUGAAGGAGAAGAUUACGAAGGAGAUGAACUACAUUCUGUCCAACCAGGACACAGUUCUGGAUCAGAUUACCCAGCUGGAGAGUUCCAUCACUCAGACCGAGGUAAACAGCGUGUCUGCCAGAGAGCAGCUGGCUCAGAGCAUCAGGGAUCUGACGGCCGCUCUGGCGGAGCGCCACGCUUCGCUCACCCAGGCUCUGGAGGCGGCGCGGCAGAAACGAGGGGAGGCGCUGGCUGCUCAAGUGGCGGAGAGACGCAGCUUGAUGGAACACGCGGGGCUCAUGGCGUUCACCCAGGAGCUGCUGAAAGAAACGGACCAGCCGUGCUUCGUGCAGGCUUCUCGCCAGACCCAUAACAGGUUGAGCAAAGCCAUCGAGAAUCUCCAGCAUUUCACUUUGGCCGCCGACCCAUCCUUCAGACACUUUCAGCUGGACGUCUCCAAAGAACUCAAACUCCUCACAGAGUUGAACUUCAUCCAGGCUCCCCUGGCUCCAGUGAUUGAUACCCAGCGCACCCUGGCCUACGACCAGCUCUUCCUGUGCUGGCGACUGCCCCAAGAGUCCGCCCCCGCCUGGCACUUCUCCGUCGAGUACCGCCGCCGGGGCGUGGUACCAGGGGGAGCGUCUAGAGGCGGGAUCAGAGGCGGCCUGGCUGCAGCCCGCUGGGGCUGGCAGCGAUUGGAUGAAGUGAGCGGGAGCAGCGCAGUGAUCGACAGGUUAGAGAUGGACAGCGUGUACGUGCUGCGGGUGAGAGGCUGCAACAAGGCGGGCUACGGGGAGUAUAGCGAGGAGGUGUACCUGCACACCCCACCGGCACCAGUGCUCAACUUCUACCUGGACUCUCGCUGGGGUCUCCAUGCCGACCGCCUGGUGGUCAGUAAAGAACAACGGGGGGCUCGCAGCGUCCCCGGUCUCUCUCUGCUGCAGGCCGCCGACCACGCUCUCACUUCCUGUCACCUGACCUCGGACCUCCUGGUGGGAGAUGUGGCUAUUACACAGGGACGACACUACUGGGCAUGCUCAGUAGAGCCUGGGUCAUACCUGGUGAAGGUGGGAGUUGGUCUGGAAUCAAAACUGCAGGAGUGGUUUCACCUUCCACAAGACAUGGCCAGUCCCCGCUACGACCCAGACAGCGGUCAUGACAGCGGGGCGGAGGACGCCCUGGACUCUGCUCCACCUUUCUGCUUCCUCACUAUGGGGAUGGGUAAGAUCUACCUGCCCCAACACAACCACCACCACCACCACAGUAACCACGGGAACGGCGCCCGCGACCCCAUCAGCAACGGCCCCUCCUCGCCCACAGGCCUCACCUACCCGCUGCCGCCCCGGCUCGGUGUGUCCCUUGACUUUGAGAAGGGUCGCGUCACCUUCUAUGACGCCCACUCUCUCCGACCUCUGUGGGAAGGUCACGUGGAUUGCUCCGGCCCCGUGUGCCCGGCUUUCUGUUUCAUCGGCGGGGGGUCGCUGCAGCUGCAGGAGCUGGUAGCCAAUCGUAACGCGGAUCAGACCCCGGUCAGAAGGGUAACCAUCCAAACCCGGGUCUCUAAUUUAAACAACAACUGACAGCUGAUCUGAGGUCAUGUGGUCAUAUUUGGAAUGUAAUUGGUAAUUGUGAAGUAUUUACUCAGCUAGAGCAAAAAGUUAGACAUCUCAGCGAAGUUUCGUUUUGUAUUUAAUUUUCUUUGUAUAAGAAAAUGUUUCUAUAGCAACGAAUAUGCAAUGUAAUUAAGUUUUUUUUUUUUUUUUUUUUUUACAUUUUUGUUACAUGCAGUUUUUCGCAGGAACUAUUGCUUAAGUAGUGUUUGGUACCUCCAGCACUUAAUAUGUAAUUAUAAUCUUCAAUGCUUGCAACUUGUAGCCAGGCCAUAUUGCAUACGUUUAUAAAGCUAAUGUAGAUACAGCACCACACAAUGUCUCUCCCCUCCCGUAGAAGCUUUUACUGUCAUUUCACGUCCUCAACAUUAAAAGCUUGAGCAUAUGUUUUUAGAGAUGUGGAGAUUAUGUGAAUAAAAAAAAGAAAAGGCCUCGACUAUAUUGUUUUAUCUGUAACUUAAGAUUUCCUUUCUAGUCAUUCACCCGUUACGAUCCCACAACCAAAGUUAUUGUUUUUCUGGGAUGUAAAUGUGGUAAAUUAUGAGGUAGAGGAGAACAAUGAGGCAUACUGUAAUUAGAAGCUCCAAUUAUACCUCUGCCGCACAGCUAAUCACUAGUUUCCGCGGUUCUGUUUGUGCAUUGCUGUUUUGUAUUUCAAAUACACAAGCGAGUGUGUGUGUGUGUGUGUGUGUGUGUGUGUGUGUGUGUGUGUGUGUGUUUGCCUCCCCUCCCUACACGCAUGGGUAUGUGUGUUGUUUGACUGAUAACAUCAUUCAUUCAUUCAUUCAUUCAUUGGCUGACGGUACAAAGUUGUUUUCUGGCAAACACCAGUUUUUAAUUGUUUUUAACCUCGCCUGAUUGUAAGUUAAUGAGCUUCUUAUGAGACGAUUAGCAGAUUAGAUUCAUGUAAACUUCACCUGCUGGCAGAAUGUUUGCAAAAGAAAUAAAAAAAAAAAUGGAUUAAGGAAAUAAACACUGAAUAAAAGCAACUUGUUUAAAUUAC